AUGAGCUCUAUUUCCAUUUAAAGACACGUGAAUUACGGGGAAGUCAUUCUAAUUGUUGGCGAUUGUCAUUUAGUGUAAUGGAAUGUGUAAAAUGGAAUUUAGAUGGAAUGGAAUCCUGGAGAUGUUUGGAGAGCCAGAGUAGAGUGUUGUUGUUUACCAAUGAAUUACAGAUACGUGAUAGUGAAAUAAAGCAAUCGACAGAUAGUAGAAUGGGAAGAUGGAAUAAGCAGAGUAUUGAAUUCCCAAAAUGAUGUGGAGGAUGCAUGGAACCAUAUCAAAAUAAGAAUGAAAGUGAACUCAUUUCAUGAUUCCAAGAUAAAAGGGAAGAAUCUAAAAUUAGACUCGACUAAUUCGUUACUGAAUGAGAAUGAAUUUGAGUAUAGGAUGGAAUUGGAAAUCCCAAGUAAGUCCAUUCAUUCCUAUGCUUAUAAAUACCAAUAAAAUCACAUCUGGGAACGAAAUGCAGUCAGACUAUUCACUCAACAUCCCAUCCUUAACAAUGUUAUCGAAAUCACGGAUUCCGACGUUGAUUUUGCACUCAGCUAUAAUCAACUAUUGGAGAACAUCUAUGUGGGCUCAUUCCUCUACACUGAUGAACUUCACGUUCUUUAGAAUUUGGGAGUUGAAGCCAUAGUUAAUUUAUAAACCACUGAAGAUCUGAUAAACAAGGAUUUGCAAGAGGAUUACUUUGAUCACAUACGAAAAUCUUGUGAAUCUUAUCAGAUUACGUACUUGCAUUGUCCUAUACAAGAUUGCAAUAAGCGAUCCUUCUUGAAGAAAGGAAUGCAAGCUCAUCAGAUCUUGAAGAAACUGAUGCAGGAGGGUAAGUGCGUCUAUGUUCAUUGCACUGAUGGCAUUCAGAGGAGCAUUUAAACAGUCAUUCUCUAUUUAGUAUUGGAUUUAAACUAUUCUCUGGAAGAUGCAAUUGCACUUGUGAAGGCGAUAAGGAAGAGAUCAAAGCCUAUUCGAGAAGUAUUGUAGUAACUCUUGGAGCAGUGAAUGAUUUUGUAUUUGUUAUCCUUUUUUUUGUAUUUUAUUUAAAUA